AUGUUGAGUAUUAAGAGGGUUCCUACUGUGGUUUCCAAUUAUCAAAAAUAUGAGGAUGAUGCUGUUAGUGGUUGUGGUCGAAAUUGUCUCAAGAGUUGUUGCAUUCAAGAGGCUAAGCUCCCUCUGUAUGGUUUCAAAAGAGGUGAUAAGGUUGAUGGAGAGGAGUUGGCUCUCCUUGCAUGCAACGAACGGCGUGUGGCUUUUUUGGACUCGAUUAUUCUUGGACAGUGGGAGGAUCGUAUGCAGAGAGGCCUUUUCCGUUAUGAUGUCACUGCUUGUGAAACCAAGGUGAUUCCGGGUGAGCAUGGUUUCAUUGCUCAGUUGAACGAGGGUCGUCACCUCAAGAAGAGGCCAACUGAGUUUCGGGUUGACACGGUUCUCCAGCCUUUUGAUGAAACCAAGUUCAACUUCACUAAAGUUGGACAAGAAGAAAUCCUGUUUCAGUUUGAGGCUAGCAGUGACGGGGAUGCUCAGUUCUUUCCGAAUGCACCCGUUGUUGUUGAGAAUUCUCCUAGUUUUGUAGCCAUCAAUGUUAGUCCUAUUGAAUAUGGGCAUGUGCUGCUGAUUCCUCGAAUUUUUGAGUGUUUGCCCCAAAGGAUUGAUCACGCAAGCUUUUUGCUUGCCCUUCACAUGGCAGCCGAAGCCGGAAAUCCCUAUUUUCGAUUGGGUUACAACAGCUUGGGGGCAUUCGCUACUAUUAACCAUCUUCACUUCCAGGCAUACUAUUUGAAGCUGCCUUUUCCAAUUGAGAAGGCUCCUACUAAGAAAAUCGGCAAACUAAAUCGUGAUGUGAAAAUAUCUAAAUUGUUGAACUAUCCUGUCAGAGGUCUUGUCUUUGAGGGUGGUCAUGCAUUGGAUGAUUUGGCAAAUACUGUUUCUGAAGCCUGUAUCUGUCUUCAACACAACAACAUACCUUACAAUGUUCUUAUUUCUGACUGCGGAAGGCGAGUUUUUCUCUUACCACAGUGCUAUGCAGAAAAACAAGCUCUUGGAGAAGUGAGCGCUGAGCUUCUGGACACUCAAGUUAAUCCGGCCGUCUGGGAAAUCAGCGGCCACAUGGUGUUAAAGAGGAAAAAGGACUUUAACGAGGCUUCUGAAGCCAAUGCUUGGAGGCUUCUCGCCGAGGUAUCUCUCUCUGAAGCGAGGUUUAAAGAAGUCAAUUCUCUUAUUUUUCAAGCCAUUACAUCUGACAAAAUUGAAGUCACGCACGAGCCUCAGUGCAUAGAGAUAUCAGAUGCAGUAAGCUCAAGCACUACUCAGACUUCUAUGGUGGCUGGUUCACACGAAUGCCUUGUUCUUCAGUAA